GGCCCUUCCAGGUAAUAUACAAAAAUUUUCAACAGCCAACAUACAGGUUGAAAAGGAUUUCAGUGCAAAGCUUUCAGGGUAUGGUUGCGUAGUCGGGCGAGUUUCAGAGGAAGCUAUUAGAAACAUGUCAAUGGAAACAUUCGAAAGAGGAAUACUUACUCCGAAGAGCAAUGUAUGGAGUUUUGGAAUCAUUCUUCUGGAGCUACUUACCGGUAUAAGGAAUGUGGAUAGCCGCCAUCCAAAUGUAGACAAGAACAUAGUCAAGUGGAGCUGGCCAUUCCUAAACGAUGAAUUCCGACUAUCCAUGAUCAUGGAUCCUAAGCUGAAAGGCCACUAUCCUCUAAGAGCAGCGAGGAUGUUGGCUGACGUUGCGCACCGAUGUCUCCAGAAGGAGCCAUCGAUACGGCCGACCAUGCGAACUGUUGUUAAGCAUCUUAAGAUGAUACAAGAGAUGAAGUUCUCACCCCAAGAGCUAGUAACAAUCCCUCUUGGAAAAAGUGUCCCUCUACCGCCACCACCGGAAGCUAGGCCUAGAUUGAGUGUCUUUCCGCCAUCACAGCCGACAAGUAAGCCUAUACUGAGUUUCAAUUCGUCAUCUCCAUCCGAUGCCCCCAAGCAACAUGUUUCGCCUCCUAAAUGGUCUGACGUGCCCCCCACGCUUUCCACACACCCUUGGCCUUCCAUACAAUUUAUGGAGAAGGUUGUUAGGCAAGAAACCAGGCAUGGCCAAUCAUCAUCCUAAGUUUAUAUAGGAGUGCUACCUAGUGAUUCGAGAAAAUAAAUCUUCUCAAUUUUUUCUCUCAAUUAAUACAGUAAAAUGGAAUUAAGAGAAACAUGUGAAGGUGAAGAUGAUGUUGAAGAAUAAAAGAUUACAUUUGACAAUAUCAAUUGAAAGAAAAAAAUUGAGAAAAUCCAUUUCUAAUAAUUUGAUAGUCUAGAAUGGUCAUCAACCUUUCUUUCUAAAAAAAAUAUUUUACCUUUUGUUGUGAAUCAGCCCAAACUUUUGUAGAAGAUAAAAACAUAUAUGCUCUACAUCAUCUCUUUAUAUGAUUCAGAGAGAUGUUAUUUAGUACACAGAUUGCAAAGGUUGGCCUUACUAUGGAUUCAAUUAGUUAGUUUACCAAUUUAUAUGAAAAUUUUCAUGGUUUCUUAAACACCUUGCCCCUUCCUCCUAACUAUUUA